AGCCCAGCCCAGCCUGCCGGCGCCUCCCAGGCCAUUUACUUGGGUCUUUGCAGUCAUGGAUCCAUUCUCCUUUGAUUACUCAGAACCGGGGAAUUUCACGGACCUCAACUGGACAUGCACCAGUGGAGACUGCAUCACUGUGGACACCGUCAUGUGCCCCAGCACAACGAGCCGGAAUGUCCUGUUGUACACCCUGUCCAUCUUUUACAUUUUCAUCUUCGUAGUUGGCAUGAUUGCCAACUCCGUGGUGGUGUGGGUGAAUCUCCAGGCCAAGACAACAGGUUAUGAAACUCACCUGUAUAUCUUCAAUCUGGCCGUCGCUGACCUGUGCGUGGUCGUCACCAUUCCCAUCUGGGUGGUCUCUCUGGUCCAGCACAACCAGUGGCCCAUGGGAGAGCUCACCUGUAAGAUUGCUCACCUCAUCUUUUCCAUCAACCUCUUCGGCAGUAUCUUCUUCCUGACCUGCAUGAGCGUGGACCGUUACCUGUCCGUGACCUAUUUCAGCAACACGAGUAGCCACAAGAAGAAGGUGGUGCGCCGGCUCAUCUGCAUUCUCGUGUGGCUGCUGGCCAUCUGCGUGUCCCUGCCGGACUCUUACUAUCUGAAAACCGUCACGUUGGCGGCCAACAACGAGACGUACUGCCGCUCCAUCUAUCCAGAGCACAGCAUCAAGGAGUGGCUGCUGGGCAUGGAGCUGCUCUCGGUGAUCCUCGGCUUCAUCAUCCCUUUCUCCAUCAUCGCCGUCUUCUACUUCCUGCUGGCCAGGGCAAUCACAGCCUCCGGUGACCAGGAGAAACACAGCAACCAAAAGAUCAUCUUCUCCUACGUCAUCGUUUUCCUCAUCUGCUGGCUCCCCUAUCAUGCUGUGGUGCUCCUAGACAUCUUCUCCUUCCUCCACUUCAUUCCCUUCAACUGUCAACUGGAAAACUUCCUCUAUACGGCUCUCCACGUCACCCAGUGUCUGUCCCUGGUGCAUUGCUGUGUCAAUCCCGUACUGUAUAGCUUCAUCAAUCGAAACUACCGGUACGAGCUGAUGAAAGCCUUCAUCUUCAAGUACUCGGCCAAAACAGGUCUCACCAAACUCAUCGAUGCCUCCAGAGUAUCGGAAGCAGAGUACUCUGCCUUGGAGCAGAACGCCAAGUGAGCAGGGAAGGCCAUCCCCAGUGACAUCCCUUAGAACUUCCGUGCUGGACUUUCACGGGGCACAGAGCCAAGCUAAACCAGCUUCCAGAUGGUUCCUACAUAGUCAUCUGUUUGUCUCUUCUUGGUGCCCACGUAAGUGGCCAGCCCCGACCAUGGAAAAAAAGAAAGUUUGGCCUUCGACAAAGCCUUUGGGCACUAUCGCGGACAUCGCGCUCUGCUUGAAGACACCGUGAGAGAGCGCUCCCGAGUUCCAAUGUAUAUUCUACAUGGUGUAUUGUAUUUAAGA